AUGGCUAUCUUGUCUCAUAACACUUCCUGCAAUUCUCCUCACCUUUUUUGUGUUCGUUUUGAAGAAGAUCGUCAACACUUCAUUUACACAUACAGUACCAGCUCUGAACACUUUUCAUUGUCCACCUCUCCAGCUGCAAGACCGGAUCAGUAUGAAGUGUUCUUGAGUUUCAGAGGCAAGGACACACGUACAAGAUUCACUGACCACCUACACAAGGGCCUGAAGGGUGCAGGAAUUGACACGUUUCUAGACGAUGAUGAGCUACAUAUUGGUGAGGAAAUAGGUCCUGAACUUCUCAACGCAAUAGAGAAUUCCAAGAUAUCCAUCCCCGUCCUUUCCAAAGACUAUGCUUCAAGUAAGUGGUGCCUGAUUGAGCUCACCAAGAUGGCAGGGAGUUACGAAAAGGCCUUCCAGGAACACCAGAAGAACUUUGAUAGUGCUACUGUGGAGGAGUGGAAGAAGGCCUUGAGGAAGGUUGGACGAUUGAAGGGAUGGGAAGUGAAGAAUCGGCAUGAAACAAAGCUGAUAGAUGAGGUUAUUUCAAGGGUAUUGGAAGAAGUAAGAGGGAACUCGGUGGUUGAAAAUGAAUGCUUAGUUGGAAUUGAAGGUCAUGUAGAAGAAAUGAUGAAAUUGUUGAGUGUUAAUUCCAAAGAUGUAAGGAUUGUGGGAAUCCAUGGAAUGGGAGGAAUUGGCAAGACCACUAUAGCCAAGGUCAUCUACCACCAACUCUCCCAACAUUUUGUAUCAUGUUGCUUCCUUGCAGAUGUUAGAAAAACAGAACAACACAAAGGUAUUGUUCAUUUGCAAAACCAACUUAUAUCAAACAUCUUAAAACGGAGAUGUCUUGAUGUUAGUACCAUGGAUGAAGGAAUUAAUGCCAUCAAAAAGAGAUUUUCUAAAAAGAAAGUUCUUGUUGUCAUUGAUGAUGUCAGUCACAAAAUUCAUCUUCAUGCGCUUGUGGGAAAGUGUGAUUGGUUUGGUUCAGGAAGUAGGAUAAUUGUCACAACUAGGGACAAAGAAAUUCUAAAUUCAACUGAGGUCAAUUGGACUUAUGAACCAAAGGAACUGGAUUCUAAUCAAUCUCUUCAACUUUUCAGCUGGAAUGCUUUUAGAAGGGUCCAUCCCCCAAAAGACUAUCAUACUCUCUCUAGAAAUGUUGUUUCCACUACUGGAGGGUUGCCUUUGGCUCUUGAGGUUAUUGGCUCUUUUUUAUCUGGCAAGGGAAAAGAAGUAUGGAAAGAUACCUUGAAGAAGUUGAAAAGAAUGCCAGAUGGCCAUGUGCAGAAGAAGCUGAGAAUAAGUUACGAAGCAUUAGAAUAUGAGCAACAACAGAUAUUUCUCGAUAUUGCAUGUCUUUUCAUUGGAGUUGAUAAAAGAAUUGCUUUUCAUAUGUGGGAUGACUGCAAUUUUUAUCCGGAAAAUGGGAUUGAAGUUCUUCGCCAUAUGUCAUUGGUUAGAGACCUUGGUAGGGAUAUUGUCCGUCAAGAAAACUUUAUGGAUCCGGGGAAGCGUAGUAGGGUGUGGUCUCAUAAAGAAGCCUUCGACAUACUGGAGAGUCUUACAGGAACAAGGAAGAUUGAAGCUCUCUUUGUUGACUUUGGAUUAGAGUCACAGGUUGCACGUUGUCUUACAAAUGAAGAAUUUGCAAACCUAUCUAAUAUAAGGUUCCUUCAAGUUGGCAAUGCAAAGCUGGAUGGAGAUUUUAAGCGACUUCUUUUAAAGUUAAGAUGGCUUCACUGGAACGGAUGCCCAGAAAUUUUUAGACCAACCAAUUUUCAUCUAAAGAAUCUGGUCAUUCUUGAUUUAUCACGGAGCGAGGAGGUCACAGAAGCCUGGAAGGGUUGGAAUCAUAUCAAGAUUGCAAGAAAGUUGAAAGUUCUAAAUCUCACGAGUUGCAAAUACAUGGUUAGAACUCCUGACUUCUCGGCAUAUGCAACUCUGGAAAGGUUGAUUCUUGAAGGUUGUGAGAAUUUGGUUCAUAUUGACCCAUCAAUUGGGUAUCUCAAGAGUCUAGUUUUCUUAAAUGUGAAGAAUUGUGCUAAACUGAAACGGCUGCCUCCGGAAUUUGAUUAUGUGGAAGCUUUAACGGAGCUCCUCAUCGAUCGUACUUCUAUUCAAGAAGUCCCUAUUGGUAGAGGUGUUUUGAAGAAGCUUGAAAUUCUUAGUGCCACUUCUUGUUGUUCAUUAACUCAAAUUUCUACUUCAAUCGGUUACUUAACAUCUCUAUCGGACCUUACAUUAGAUUAUUCACCAAUCACUGAACUACCAAACUCAAUUGGUUCACUAGUAAAAUUGCAAUGCUUGUCAUUAAGGAAUUGCGAAUUAGAAGAACUUCCAGAAUCCAUUGGGAAAUUAGAGUCAUUAAUUGAGAUGCACUUGUCAGGAGAAAAUUUUAGACAAUUACCUGAUUCCUUUGGCAACCUAAAAAGUUUGAGAAUUCUUAAGAUUAAAUGCCAGAAUCUGAAGGAAAUUAGGAGCCUUGGAAGAUUGAAAUCCUUGGAAUUUUUGGUUGUGAGUUGUUGCAUAUCAUUGGAAACAUUGCCUGAUCUAUCAAACUUGAAAUUACUGGAAAAAUUAAAGCUCAAAGGGUGCAAGAAGCUACAUGAGAUUAAGGGUCUUAAGGGUUUGAAAUCCUUGAAGAUGCUGGACUUUUCAUUGUGCACGGCCUUGGAGGGGAUACAUGAUCUAUCAAACUCUGAAAUGCUAGAAGAAUUAAACCUUUGCGACUGCCAGAAAUUACAUGAAAUUGAGUGUCUUAAGGCUUUGAAAUCCUUGAAGAUGCUGGACUUGUCAGGUUGCACAACCUUAGAGAGGAUACCUGAUCUAUCGAACAUGAAAAUGCUGAAAAAAUUAAAUUUCUACAACUGCCAGAAGCUACAUGAGAUUGAGGGUCUUAAGGAUUUGAAAUCCUUGAAGAUGCUAGACUUGUCAUUGUGCACGGCCUUGGAGAGGUUACCUGAUCUAUCGAAGAUGGAAAUGCUAGAAAAAUUAAAAUCCUGCAACUGCCAGAAGCUACAUGAGGUUGACGGUCUUAAGGAUUUGAAAUCCUUGAAGAUGCUGGACUUGUCAGGUUGCACAGCCUUAGAGAGGUUACAAGAUCUAUCAAACUCUAAACUGCUGGAAGAAUUAUACCUCUACAACUGCCUGAAGCUACAUGAGAUUGAGGGUCUUGAGGCUUUGGAAUCCUUGAUGAUGCUGGACUUGUCAAGCUGCAUAGCCUUAAAGAGGUUACCUGAUCUUUCAAACUUAGAAAGGCUGGAAGAAUUAAAGCUUGCCGGGUGCCAGAUGCUACAAGAGAUUGAGGGUCUUACAUCUUCGAAAUCCUUGAAGAUGCUGGACUUGUCAGGUUGCACAGCCUUAGAGAGGUUACCUGAUCUAUCAAACGGGGAAAUGCUGGAAGAAUUAAAGCUCGCCGGGUGCUUGAAGCUACAUGAGAUCGAGGGUCUCAAGGCUUUGAAAUCGUUGAAGAUGACGGACUUGACAGGUUGCACAGCCUUAGAGAGGUUACCUGAUGUAUUGAACGUGGAAAUGCUGGAAGAAUUAAAGCUCACCGGGUGCGAGAUGCUACAUGAGAUUGAGGGUAUUAUGAGUCUGAAAUCCUUGAAGAUGCUGAACUUGUCAGGUUGCACAACCUUAGAGAGGUUACCUGAUCUAUCGAGCAUGGAAAUGCUGGAUGAACUAAAGCUCAUUGGGUGUCUGAAGCUACACGAGAUUGAGGGUCUUAAGGCUUUGAAAUCGUUGAAGAUGAUGGACUUGUCGGGUUGCACAGUCUUAGAGAGGUUACCUGAUCUAUCGAAAAUGGAAAUGCUGGAAGAACUAAAGCUCGUAGGGUGCGAGAAGCUCCAUGAGAUUAAGGGUCUUGAGACUUUGAAAUCCUUGAAGAUGCUGGACUUGUCAGGUUGCACAGCCUUAGAGAGGUUACCUGAUGUAUUGAACGUGGAAAUGCUGGAAGAAUUAAAGCUCACCGGGUGCGAGAUGCUACAUGAGAUUGAGGGUCUUAUUAGUUUGAAAUUUUUGAAGAUGCUGAACUUGUCAGGUUGCACAACCUUAGAGAGGUUACCUGAUCUAUCGAACAUGGAAAUGCUAGAUGAACUAAAGCUCGUCGGGUGCCUGAAGCUACAUGAGAUUGAGGGUCUUAAGGCUUUGAAAUCGUUGAAGAUGAUGGACUUGUCGGGUUGCACAAUCUUAAAGAGGUUACCUGAUCUAUCGAAAAUGGAAAUGCUGGAAGAACUAAAGCUCGUAGGGUGCGAAAAGCUCCAUGAGAUUAAUGGUCUUGAGGCUUUGAAAUCCUUGAAGAUGCUGGAUUUGUCAGGUUGCACAGCCUUAGAGAGGUUACCCGAUCUAUUGAAUAAUUCAUUGUUCACCUCUCCACCUGCAGAAUGGGACUAUGAAGUGUUUCUGAGUUUCAGAAGUGAAGACCCUUGUAAAACCUUCACGGACUACCUCUACACUGACCUUGGGGAAGCAGGAAUUCGCACGUUUAGAGACGACGAUGAGCUUCGCAUUGGAGAGAAAAUAGGUCCUGAGCUUCUCGAGGCAAUACAGCACUCAAAGAUAUCCAUCCCUGUCUUUUCCAAACACUAUGCUUCAAGUAAGUGGUGCCUGCUUGAGCUCACCCAGAUGGUUGAGUGUAAGAGGUCUUUCGGGCAGAUGAUAUUACCCAUAUUCUACGACGUCGAACCAUCCGAUGUGCAACACCAGACGGGGAGUUACGAACAGGCCUUCCAGGAACACGAGAAGAAAUAUGAUAGUACUACUGUGAAGGGAUGGAAGAAAGCCUUGAGGGAGGUUGGAGAAUUGAGCGGAUGGAAUGUCAAGAAUAGGUAA